GGCCCCACCUUCUGCUUUCGCUUUUGCUUUCGCUUCCGUCUCUCCGGAGCCCAGCGUUAAGAUGUCAGGAGAUCAGUGUGCUGAUCGUUCCUCUGAAGAGAGAAGUAAUGGAGAUCAAGAUGAUAUAGUUGAUGCGAAACCAGACAGGAGUAGCAGACUCUCACUUUUUGCAAAGAAAAAGAAGAAUGGAGAAGAAGAACAACCAAAGUCCACCCUCAGUAACCAGUACCGAAUUGUUACACCCACAUUCCAGUAUAAUAUGAACUACAAGAAGGUUGGCAAAUGUAUAAUUAUAAACAACAAAAAUUUUGAAGACAAAACAGGAAUGGGUAUACGCAAUGGUACUGAUAAAGAUGCUGGAGAUCUCUCUAAGAGUUUCAGAAGCUUAGGUUUUGAUGUUCACACAUACAAUGACCGAAGCUGUGAGGAUAUGAAAACAUUACUGAAACAAGCUGCUGAAGAGAAUCACAGUGAUGCUGCUUGUUUUGCCUGUAUCCUUCUAAGCCAUGGGGAAGAAGGCCUCAUUUAUGGCACCGAUGGACCUAUGGCUAUCAAACACCUGACUGUACUCUUCAGAGGAGACAAAUGUAAAAGCCUUAUAGGCAAACCCAAAUUGUUUUUCAUUCAGGCGUGCCGAGGCUCUGAGUUUGAUGAAGGUAUACAAACUGACUCUGGACCUGCAAAUGACACUCUGGAAACAGAUGCCAAUCCUAGAUACAAAAUCCCAGUAGAAGCAGAUUUUCUGUUUGCAUAUUCCACAGUGCCAGGUUAUUAUUCCUGGAGGAAUCCUGGAAGAGGCUCUUGGUUUGUGCAGUCUUUGUGCUCUGUGCUCAAUGAACAUGGAAAACAACUUGAGAUCAUGCAGAUCCUCACACGGGUCAACUAUGUGGUUGCCACGAAUUUUGAAUCACAGUCUGAUGAUCCACGCUUCAGUGAGAAGAAGCAGAUUCCUUGCGUAGUCUCUAUGCUCACUAAGGAACUUUACUUCUGAAAGCAUAUUUUAAUACAGCCAGUAAUGUGAGAUCAGGAUAAAUUUUGGGGUGAACAUUUGAUUAUAAAUUGCAGUAACACAAUUUGUAAUAACAGAAAUGUUGAUACUAGAUAUACAUGUUGUAUAAGCUGGGGUAACUGACAAAUGGACAAUAUGCAAUAUUUUUAAGACCAUCUAAAUGCUGUGGAUCAAUCCUAGAGCUGAUUUCUCAUUUGUAUUAGAAUCAUAGAACUCCAUGAUUCUAUUACAAAUAAUUUUGAUUUCUCUUAGUGUAGCUGUCUUGAUUUAUGGGUGUUGAAGAUGUUCUGAGAGUCAGUUACCUGACCCAAAAGGUUUAUUCCAAAAAAACAGGAUGUAAAAUCUGUAAAGAAAAAACCAUAUCAAGGAAACUCCAUCUUUUCUUUCACUACAAUCUCAUGGUAUUGUAACUUCCUUGGAAAUUUCUAAAGUCCAUCAUACAACCAAUAUGUCCAGAGAUGAAACUGACAUUGUAGCUAUUUAAAAGGGUACUUCUUAGUAUAAUAAAUCUAUUUCCAUUUUAGAACACUCUUAAUGAAGAAAAAUGGAUGCACUGUGUUUAAUCUGGAAGUCAAUUUAGUUAUCAUUCUAGCAUAAGGUUAAUUUUAUUAGCAGGUGAUUCAGCUGAAUGGUAUGGAAAUGUAUCAAAUAGAAAGAUUUUCAUUUUGGUUUUUCUAAAAGUGGGCAAACUAAUUAGAUAAUACCUUAUUAAAAUAACAUUAUGAAGAUUUUUGCCUUGUAAAUGACAGCUGAGAACUGCCCAACACAGUAGUAGUGCAGUUUCUCUGCUUGCAGAAAUACGAAUGCUUGCAUGUUGAUUCAUAAGUUUUGAGCCCACAAAAAGUUAAUGUCUAACUUUUGUUAUUAAACAUUAAAAUUUAACACCGAAACAACAGAAUUAUGUAUUUCAGUAAGAAAUACACGUUUAGAUUUUACUUCUAUCCGUGAGGAAUUUCACCAAGACCAGAAAUACUUCCUUGAAUCAGAAACCAGAAGUGCCUUUUUAGUUAAAAUAUUGUCUUGAUUUUGUAUUUUGGAGUUAUGUCAGUGAUGCUUAUAUUUCUACUUUUUAUAUUCUUUUUAAAUAUGAUAGCUAGCUCAAAAAAGUAAUUUUUAUGAUUUGAUUAGACUGGUAAAUGAUUGGUAAAUAACUGGUAAAUGGGGUUAUUCACCCCUUUCCUAGUUAAUGUACACUUUAUUUUUUUAAAUCUAAGAAAACGGGUGUGUGCUGAGUUGUCUCUUUAUUGAUUAUAUUUUCUUACAGGAAAUGUAGCAUAGUAAGGCAUAUCUUUUUCAUAAGUCAAAUUUUUUUGAAUUAAAUAAAUUAUUGUUUUGUGGAAGUCUUGAACAUAAUAUCAAUAAAGACCUGUUUUUUUAAAUUUCCUA